AUGUCCAAAAAUAUAAAUUUAGACAUUUCAAAGAGAACCGAAAAUGAUGAAGAUGUGUUUUAUAGUGGAGGUAAAUUUCAGUAUUUUGCAGGAAAUGGAUAUGUAACUUUGGUAAAGAAAGAUACAACAAAGAUAAAGGUUAGGGAUCUUGAAGGUGCACUCAGAGAAGAAAAAGAAGAAACGCUUAAAGGAUAUAGGGUAUACGACCAUAUUAUUCCAAACAACCUUUUAGAGCAGGGUUACUACUUGAAUGCAAUAACUUAUGAUGGCAAACCACAAAAAGGAUUUUAUGAUAUUUCGCUCUAUGCCACAGCUUCAGUAUUUUUCUUUUCACAUGAUGAAGAAAACUCACUCCCACUAUUGAUAAAAUUAACAAGGACUAUAGACGACACAUCACAUAUAUUUGAUUACUAUAGAUUUACCGGGAAGAAGAAGACUUGGUCAAGAGAAAAUAUUACGAAUGGAUCCCAACUAUUUACAAGGCUCCCAGAAAUAGCCACCGAUCUAGAGUAUCCAUUAGUCCUAAACCUUGAUUCAGUUGGAGAAUAUUGUAUAAAUGGACAAACUACUACUAAAAAUUUUGAUUAUAGAAUUCCAAAGGUGAGAUCUGAGCUUCAAAGUGAAUAUAUUAAUUAUCAAUAUCGUAAACAUAGUGUGAUUGUAGAGUCUCAAAUUCGACUUGUAUCUACAGUAAAGGAGGGAAAUCCGAUACCAUUCAAAAGAGCCAAAAAAUUUAAUCGUUCUUACAGUGAAAUUAAUGUCUAUUACUGGGAACUUGAUUAUAGCUACAGCCAGCCACUCCUAAUUCAACUUGGAAAUGAAGAUGAGUUUUACACUAUUCAGAGGAAGACUUGGAAAAUAGACCAUUCUAUAAGUUCUACGACACUUUAUACCCACUUAGAAAAGAAGUCCUGUAAAUAUAAUGAUGCCCAUAUCAUUGACAUUUCUAACCCAAACGACUAUUAUUUUUGUUCUAAUUGCCAUGGAAAAAUGAUUUCUGUGAGACAUGAAAAAAAUAUCCAUCAAUAUGAUCGGCACCUUCACACAAUAGACGCUACUAAGUUUUCAAUAUCCGGAUUUAAGGACAGCCAAACACCCCAAAGCGGGUUACCAUCCGCCAAAGAUGUGUCAAAUGUUUGCGUAUAUAGUUACGUUGGAACACCUUUUUUACUUCAAAUCAACCAAGAAGCGGAUGGACAUAGUUGGUAUAGAAGGGGAGAAAAUGAUAAAUGGAUCGUAUCACUUGAGUCUUUGGGAGAAGAAGACAAAAUUGUUUCUAAUAUACUUGCUGAAACUUUGCGAGACCCUGAAUUGAAAGGCAAAUUUUUAGAAACGGCUUAUCAUGCAUUACAGAGGCAUAAAUCCAGUGAAGGAUCAGAUACAUCUUCUGAGUCCUCAAAUUUACAUACUGUCUCUUCUAGAGAACAGAAUUCCACAAAUACGGUAGCAGCUGCAGCUGGAGGAACCGUUGGAGGUGUAACAGUAACUGGAUUGGGCACCCUUGAACUGUAUAACUUCUUUACCAAUUCCACAAGGAGUGUUACUAGAAUUAUACUUGCCACAUUCAGUAAACCAAUGUAG